CCUCUGACUUUUCCUCUGACUUUGCUCUGACUUUGCUCUGACUUUUCCUCUGACUUUUUCCCUCUGACUUUUCCUCUCAAACAUGGCUCACAACAAAAAUCUUCGUUGUCUAGCUUGUAAUCUUGAAUUUGAAACAGAAUCCAGAUUAUCGAACCAUAAUUAUGACACGCAUGUUGACUCUAUCCAGGUGACUUUUGAUGACGAAUUGAUUACAGUUGAGAGGAGCAGUGACAAAUUUCAGUGUCCAAAAUGCGAAAAACAAUUAAAAACGCCUACAACAUUAAAAAGGCACAUUGGAAAACAUUACGAAUCUAUAGGCAAUGCUGGAAAAAAACAAAGGCUUUCUGAACCAGAAGAUAUUAACGAGGAAUUUCCCUCAAUCAGUUUAGAUCACCAAGCACCUGACGCUGAAACGAUUGAUUUGCAAGCGGACAGCUCAAGUUCAUUUCCUUCCACUUCACAUCUAGAAAAAGAUACUGCAACGCUUAUAGCCAUGAAUGCCCUCUCUCUCUCAAAAAGGGAACAAGAGAAAUGUUUAAUGCUUGCCGACUUGGCAGAUUUGGAGCCAAUUAUCAUUUUGGCAGAAAAUGGGAAGAAAUAUCACAUGCUUGCCUCUCCAAAAACCAUUCAAUGUGUACUUACAGACCAACCUACUGGAACGUGGAAAUUGCCAAUUUCUAAUGACAGAGAAGCUCAAAAUUGACUUGAGCAAGCUUUUUUGUCUCGUGUAUACUGCGGAGAUUAUAAUGCUUUAUUCUUUCAUUAAAAACAAGCAAAAACUUUAUUAAGAAAGUAGUAAUAGGUAUUAUGAUGAAUGUUAAAGGCAUUUUUUGGUAUACAGUGAUGAAAAAUAAAAAAACGAACAUUCAUUUUGAUAAGU